UGUGACUUCGUGAGACCCGAGAUAUAAUCCUCUCGGAAAGGUUGUAUUAAGAUCUGGUUGAUAAGAAAACAAGCGAAUAUCCUUCCCUGGCAAAGGAUUUGGCGUUGCAGCUUGAGGGAGGAUCUAGAAAUUGUUGCGUUUUAUUCGAGGAAGGAUUUGACGAUUUGUACUGAAGCUUUACACCGAAGAUGGCAGACAGGAUCAAAUUAUAUUUGUCGUCUGUCUCUAGUAAUUUAGAGACCAAGAAACACCAGCAGAAAAUUGUAAUGAUCAUGGAUAGCAAGAGAAUUGAUUAUGACAAAAUAGAUAUUGCUGCCAAUGAAACAUCAAAGACAAAAAUGAGGGAGGUGAUGGGUGAUCCAAAAGGUUUGCCUCCACAAUUGACAAAAGGUGAUCAACACCUUGGGGGCUUUGCCGAGUUUGAAGCUGCGGUGGAAAAUGAGGAGCUCAUGAUUUUUUUGAAACUAGAGUAAAUGAAGUAAAAUCCCCAAGAUGCAAGCUUGUGCAAAAGUCAGUUGCCAUGUGUAGCUCAAUGUUACAGUUUAAGUUAAUGUGAAUUAAUGACCAAAGAAAAUUUACUUCCUUUAAGUAGCAAAAAAUGUGAAUAAUAAAACCAUUGUUUAAGUGUGA